CCCGCUCCCCCGGCGCCCCGCCCCGUCCGGCCGCGGCUUGCUCCCUGUGUUACCCCGGCGCCCAGGACCCCCGACGCCCCUGUCUCCUCUGCUCGCCGGGUCCGCCCAUGGGCCCCGCCGCUCGCCCCGCGCUAAGGUCGCCUCCACCGCCUCCUCCGCCGCCGCUGUCGCCGCUACUGCUGCUGCUGCCCCUGCUGCCGCUCUGGCUGGGCCUGGCGGGCCCCGGGGCCGCGGCUGACGGCAGCGACCCCGCGGCCAGGGCGGGGCGGGGCGGGGCCCGCGCCGUGCGGGUGGACGUGCGGCUUCCGCGGCAGGACGCUCUGGUGCUGGAGGGCGUCAGGAUCGGCCCCGAGGCCGACCCGGCGCCCCCGCUGGGCGGCCGCCUGCUGCUGAUGGACAUCGUGGAUGCUGAGCAGGAGGUGCCUGUAGAAGGCUGGAUUGCAGUGGCGUACGUGGGCGAGGAGCAGGCGGCCCAGAUCCAUCAGGAGAGUCAGGGCAGCGGCCCGCAGGCCUAUCCCAAGGCCCUGGUCCAGCAGAUGCGACGGGCGCUCUUCCUGGGAGCCUCUGCCCUGCUUCUCCUCAUCUUGAACCACAACGUGGUCCGAGAGCUAGACAUAUCCCAGCUUCUGCUCAGGCCAGUGAUUGUCCUCCAUUAUUCUUCCAAUGUCACCAAGCUGUUGGAGGCACUGCUGCAGAGGACCCAGGCCACGGCUGAGAUCACCAGCGGAGAGUCCCUGUCGGCCAACAUCGAGUGGAAGCUGACCCUGUGGACCACCUGUGGCCUCUCCAAGCAUGGCUACGGAGGAUGGCAGGACUUGGUGUGCCUGGGAGGCAGUCGGGCCCAGGAGCAGAAGCCGCUGCAGCAGCUGUGGAAUGCCAUCUUGCUGGUGGCCAUGCUCCUGUGCACAGGCCUCGUGGUCCAGGCCCAGCGGCAGGCGUCGCGGCAGAGCCAGCGGGAGCCUGGAGGCCAGGUGGACAUGCUCAAGCGCCGCGUGGUGCGCAGACUGGCGUCCCUCAAGACCCGGCGCUGCCGGCUGGGCAGGGCGCCACAGGGCCCCCUGGAGCCUGGCGCUGAGACUUGCGCCGUGUGUCUGGACUACUUCUGCAACAAGCAGUGGCUCCGGGUGCUGCCCUGUAAGCAUGAGUUUCACCGAGACUGCGUGGACCCCUGGCUGAUGCUCCAGCAGACCUGCCCACUGUGCAAAUUCAACGUCCUGGGUGAGCACCAAGGGUGGGGGCCCUUGGCCGGCUUCACUGGGUCCCCAUCUGAUGCCUCCCUCCCUGUUCUUUUUCCUUCUCCCCUGCAGGGAACCGCUACUCAGAUGAUUAGCAGCCCCAGCUGGGUCUCUGCAUGUGGGGAAGGGACCCCCUCCCGCCUGCACCCUGGCUCUGGCCUGGGCUCCUGGAACAGGACAGCAAGCCCUGUGGGUGGGAGGAAGGAUAGGGGCCCUCCCCUGCUGAGAGGCAAGGCGCUCUACCACAUCCACAUUGGGAAGGAGGGCCACAGCCCCCAGGCCGAGGAUGCAGGGCCUGGACUUGCCAGGAAGACAGGCCGCAUUGGGGGCCUUCUCUGCCAUCCUGGGGUGUCCGUGUCUGCCUUCUUGCAGGCAGCUCCUGGGACCCUGGGCAGGGGUCUGGGGAGAGGGUGUGGAGCAGUGCAGCUGUUCUCAGGGCUCCGGGAGCUCUCCAGCCUGCUUGUCAGGGCAUCCCUGGGGGCUGAGGCUGCAGUGGUCGGGUUUUGUGCUUAUUUAUUGGGGGGGUGAGUUGGGGGAGGAGCCAUCUGGCCUUGGGGGCACCUUAGCCUGACCACCUUUCAGGACCCAUCUUGGUCAAGGCUGUGAUGUUAAACCCAGAGGCCCCUCCACUCUCUGCUGCCCUUGGUCCUUGGACACUGGGAGCCGCAGGUUCCACUGCCUGACCGGCCGGGCUCCCUCCUCAGGCCUGGCUGGGACCAGAGGCCUUAGAAACCAUCCAGUCCUGUGCUGCUCAGCAGGGCUACGGGUUGCUGACCAGGAUACUUGAAGCCACAGGAUAAAUGUGGGGCAUCUUCCAGAGGCAUCCAUUUUUUUAGAAGAUAGGGGAGGUUUAAUAUUAAAAUAAACAUGUAUAUA